AUGAGUCAGCGACAAAUUAUUCAAGUUUUCGAACAGUACCAGAGAUCACGAAUGCAAUUUGUCCAGACGGUGGCUGAUCUUGCAAACCGGCCACAGAACAUCGAGAUUCUGCAAAAUGCAGGUGUGAUGUCCUUGCUACGCCCUCUCAUGUUGGAUGUCGUGCCCAGUGUCCAGCAAACUGCUGCCUUGGCUCUCGGACGGCUGGCAGACCAUAAUAAUGACCUGGCUGAAGCUGUGGUUAAGGCAGACAUCCUCCCACAACUUGUUAACUCCCUUGAGUCCCAGAAUAGGUUUUACAAAAAGGCAGCAGCUUUUGUGCUGCGAGCUGUGGCCAAACACUCUUCCCAACUGGCUGAGGCUGUGGUGUUGUCUGGAGGAGUCAACGCUCUGGUGCUUUGCCUCGAGGACUUUGACCCUGGGGUGAAGGAAGCUGCUGCCUGGGCUCUGGGCUACAUUGCACGGCAUGAUGCAGCUCUAUCCCAGGCGGUGGUGGAUGCAGGUGCGGCCCCUCUGCUGGUCUUGUCUCUCCAGGAGCCUGAAAUAGCCCUGAAACGUAUUGCUGCCUCCACACUGAGCGACAUCUGCAAACACACACCACAGCUGGCCCAGACUGUCGUGGACACUGGGGCUAUUGCGCAUUUGGCACAAAUGAUUCUGAAUCCAGAUGCCAAAUUGAAGAGGCAAGUAUUCUCAGCGCUGAGUCAGAUCAGUAAGCACUCCUACAGUUUGGCCGAGAUGGUGAUUGAGGCUGAGAUUUUUCCUGCAGCUAUUGCCUGUCUCAAAGACCCAGACGAGUAUGUGAGGAAAAAUGUCACAACGCUGAUGAGGGAGGUUGUUAAACAUACCCCAGAGCUGGCUCACUUGAUUGUGAACUGCGGAGGUUUGGCAGCGGUUAUAGACUACUUGUGCGACUGCCGUGGACAGCUGCGUCUGCCUGGGAUCAUGAUGCUGGGAUACGUCGCUGCACACAAUGAGAACCUUGCCAUGGCUGUGAUUCUUUCCAAGGGGGUGCCUCAGCUCAGCUUAUGCCUGUCAGAAGAAUCAGAGCAUCACAUCAAAGCCGCCACAGUGUGGUCCAUAAACCAGAUCGGACAUCACACUCCCGAACACGCCAAAGCAGUGGCCAUCUGCGGCCUGCUCCCCACACUGCUGCAGCUCUACAUGGACGCCAGCAGCUCUGAGGACCUGCAGACCAAGAGCAAGAAAGCUUUGAAGAGCAUCCUCCAGAAAUGCACAUAUCUCCCUUCACUAGAGCCGCUCCUCUACGAUGUCCCCUCCAACAUUCUCAAACACGUGGUCGGCCAGUUCAGCAAGAUCCUGCCUCACGACAGUAAAGCGCGGAGGUUGUUCGUCACCAGUGGAGGACUGAAGAAAGUGCAGGAGAUUGACGCAGAGCCGGGCUCCGAGCUGCAGCAGCACAUCGACUCCAUAAACAGCUGCUUCCCAGAAGAGAUCGUCAGAUACUACUCCCCUGGAUACUCGGAGGCGUUACUAGAACGUUUAGAGAACUUCCAACCAGCCUGA